AUGAUGGAGGGUGGUGUGCGGGGACCGGCGGUGGUGGUGGUUGCGGGGCGGGCGAAUGAGGCUCGGCGGACGCUCGAAGCUUUGGGGGUGUACGAUGCGUCUCGGAAGAUUGGACGGGGUGCGGCCGAUGACUUGCCCGCGGAUGGGGCGGGUCUAUUGCUGGUGCCAGUGACGCCGGCUGGGCUGGCCGAUACCGAGACGGCGGCUCGCAUUGGUGAUCUGGGCCAGGUCCUAGCAAAAGUCGAGCUGGACGCUUCCUUGAAGCAGCGGGUGCGGGCUGAAAAGCCGCAACAGCGCCUUUUACAGGCACUGCAGGCUUGGUGUGCUGCAGGUGAUCCGUCGUUGGUCAAAGCGGGUGCUCAGCUUGGACAGUCGGAUGCGCUGCCUCUGCCUCCCAAGUUUGAGGUGCACGGCGACUUGGUCAUGUUUCCCGCCUCGGCCUUUUCGACGCCACAAUGGCACGACCUGCGAGGUCGAGAGGGGUUUUGGGCUUGUGUGGCAGGCGCGCUCGGCAAGGAGCGGGUGGCCAUUCGACGGGCCAUUGCCGACAAUUUGCGGCGCGAGGCCCAGGUGGAGUUGGUGUUGGGUGCGGAUGGCUGGGUCGAGCACGUUGACAAUCGCGUGCGCUACACGUACGAUGUGACGCGGUGCAUGUUUUCGGCGGGCAACAUUUCGGAAAAGCUGCGUGUAGCGGCCCUGCCCUGUGCCGACGAGGUGGUGGUGGAUCUCUUUGCGGGGAUUGGCUAUUUUACGCUCCCAUAUUUAGUCCAUGCGCGUGCGCGCUUCUUGCACGCCUGCGAGUGGAACCCGCAUGCCGUUGAAGCCCUCCGGCGCAAUCUCAAGCUCAAUCAGGUGGCGGACCGGUGUGAAGUUCACGAGGGGGACAAUCGGCAGGUAGCCCCGGUGGGCUGCGCUGAUCGCGUCAACCUCGGCCUCAUUCCCACGAGCAAAGAGUCUUGGGCCACGGCAUUGGCGUGCUUGCGACCGGACCGAGGGGGCAUGCUUCACGUGCACGAGAAUGUGACUACCGGGGAGGGAGAGCAGAAUGAGGCCGUAUGGGCCCUCUUUGGCGCACAGCUGUGCGCCGACUUGACGGCGCUGAGCGCGGGGCGGGUGGCUUGUACGGUACAGCACAUUGAGUGUGUCAAGUCGUAUGCGCCUCGAAUCUAUCACAUGCGGAGGCGUCGAGUUAGACGAUGUGUGCUUCUCAAAGGUUCAUUGAGUGCCGAGCAGUCGAAGCAAUUCCAAUCACUUCAUUCGAACCAGUUUCUGGUCAACAUUGAAUGUUCGGGAAACAACAAGAGUCGUGAACCACCCAUCAAGCACAACAGAGGGCAAAGGAGAACACUCUCCUGGCGCGGAUGA